UACUAAAAACAGUGUUUCUAAUCCUAAAUGAUACUGUACCGUAUAUGGCUCUUUAGAAAAACAUCGUUCAUAAGUUCAGCCCAACGAAUGUAUCUUUUACCGGAACACCAAGAUUGAAAUCACCCCAUAAUCAGCAAAAACAGAUUGAUAUUGAAAAACGACAGAGGCUUCCCUGUACUCUGGAGUACAGAGGACAUUGGUAUAGUUUCAUCACCACGCUGAGGCAAGAUCACUGCUACAUGUCUUUUUUUCUUUUUGCUAAACACUGCUACAUGUUAUGGAACUCACAAGAAAUAUGGAUUAAAAACUAUAUUUUUUGAGGGUGACACAAAAGUUCUGAUCGAUGUCAUUAAUAACAAGGCGAAAGAUCACAAUAUCAAGAACAUAUGCAAUGAUAUCUAUGUUGGUUCUUUCACUUCUUUGUCUUUUAACCAAUGUUGAUUUCUGUAUAGCAGCCUAGCAGACAAACAAUACACCAGUUCAUCUCUUAGCUAAUGAUCUAUGUUGUUAAUCUAUUUGGCUUGGGCUUGUUCACAAGACCACCAUGAGACGAGCUGAUUGACAACAACCGCGUUUUUGAAUUACUGAAAUUUACAUUUUUACCUUCCACGUCGAAGAGGCGCAAUAAUCAUAAUAGUAAACAACAAAUUUACAGUUUUAACUUUUAUUCUUUACGUCCUUUACUUCUUUGUUCAGGUCUUCAACUACACAACUCCACCAACCACAUUUCACGUAAUCAGGGUUUCAAAAGUUCGGGCUUUUUUCUUCGAUAACAGGAAAACGUAGACAUCAAACUUUCGGUGUACUUGUGUGUUUCCUCGAUUCUCUGGCUAUGCCUCCCUCAAAGAAGGUUUCCAACAUGAACCGCAUAGGACAAGUUUUUAACAAGUUGUUGAACGACAUUGGAGAAGCAGAGGAGUUUUCUUUGCCGGAUUGGUCGAACGAAGGGAAACCAACUCCUUACACCUUGAUAAAGCGCAAUAUAUACUUGACGGAGAAAACCAAAAAGAAGGUUGAAGAUGAUGGAAUUUUCUGUUCUUGUGCCUUGUCCCAUGGCUCUUCUUCAGUUGUGUGUGGGGGUGAUUGUCAUUGUGGGAUGUUAUACUCAAGCUGUUCAUCCAGUUGCAAUUGUGGGAGUGAGUGUUCCAACAAGCCUUUCCAACAACGGCGUGUGAAGAAGUUGAAGUUAACUCAGACAGAAAAAUGUGGAUCAGGGAUUGUAGCAGAAGAAUACAUCCAAGAAGGAGAGUUUAUCAUUGAAUAUGUAGGAGAAGUAAUAGAUGAUGAGACUUGUGGAGACAGGCUAUGGAAGAUGAAAAACCAUGGAGAAACAAAUUUCUAUCUGUGUGAGAUAAGCAAAAAUAUGGUGAUUGAUGCCACUAAUAAGGGAAAUAAAUCGAGAUAUAUCAAUCAUAGUUGCAACCCUAAUACGCAGAUGCAGAAAUGGAUAAUUGAGGGUGAGACAAGAAUCGGCAUUUUUGCCAUAUCUGACAUAAAUAAGGGAGAUCAUAUUACUUAUGACUACCAGUUUGUUCAGUUUGGUCCAGAUCAAGACUGCCAUUGUGGAGCAAUAAGUUGCAGAAAGAAGCUUGGGGUGAAACCAAAGAAACCUAAAUUAGCCUCGGAUGAAGUUCUUAACAUCGUGAACUCUGAAUUGGGUCAGACGUCGACAUUUCCCCAGGUUCAUCAAAAUGAAGGUAUUCUUGAAGGAACAUUAAUUAACAAGCUUAGUGAAGAGCAAACAUGUCCUCGUAAUUGCAUUGGUGUGGUGAUCAGGUUGUCUCGCCCCACGAGCGAUAGGUGUUUUGGCAUCAUUAGACGUUUUCAUGAGGUUACAAGAAAGCACUCGGUGAUGUUCGAGGAUGGUGUUACUGAGUUUAUCGAUUUGUCGAAAGAAGACUGGGAGAUUUUAUCUGACUAAUAUUCCUUGUCAGGUGACUUAAAACUCUGGUUGAUUUCAUUUUAUUAAUGAAUCAUAGAUUUAUUAAGUAAUCCUUUGCAGCUAUGUUUCUGCAAAUUUCUUUGAAAACAAAAGUUGAGAAAGCUGAACAAAUCGGUCUUGGUAAACUGAAGCACCCGAACAUCAGUCUUUCAGUUUGGUUUGAGGAUUGGUUCAGUGACUUUGUUGUUGCAUGUGCCUUGACUUGUGUUUGUACCCUGAUAUUAUAUAUGUUUGUAAGGUACCGUCUACCUAGAACCAUAUUUGUAUUUCUUCUUACUCCUUUUUCAUGAGCAUCUCAAGAUGACGAUGAACUUGUGACUUGUACUGUUGCUGUUUCA